AUGGUAUUUGUGCAUCUCCUUUUUAAUUGUAAAUGUUCCAAUGGAUAUUAUGGAACCAUUUGUGACUUGUUUGAUUGUUUCGGUGUUGAACAUUCGAAUAGCAGUAUUGUCUGUUCAGGAAAUGGUAUAUGCCAAACUCCAGAUUUUUGUAAAUGCAACAAUGAUCGCCAUGGAAUCCAAUGUGAGGCUGUAGGAAAAUGUGUCACUGUUAAUAAUUCAACAUUGUGUGCUAAAUCCUCAACUCACUCCUUCGAUAUUCAUGUAAUUUUCAUGGUUGUCUUGUUGGUAGCAUUGUUUUUAACUCAUAACAGUUUGUAA